AUGUUGUCAAAAAAGAGUGGAUGUCUCAAAACAGAUUUGGAUGAUUUGGAAGCUCUGAGGCAAGCAGCACUUGCUUCUGUUAAAUCAAGAGCAAAGACUGAGCUUCUUCAACUGGAGAGUUCUCCUUCAAGCAUCAAAGCAGAUGAGGAUGAAGAUCUCUCAGCUCUUCGGGAGGCUGCUUUACGUUCAACCAAAGCACACACUACUGUAAUUUUCAAGGAUAAACAAGUUGCAAAUUACAAAUUGGCCGGAGUACAACAAAGUGCUUCUGAAACUAUUUCUUCUGCUGCUGAUAGAAACCCUAAGAAAAGGAAAGAUGGCAAAUUCAGUCGUUAUGAUGACUCUGAAAGUGAUGAAGAUUCUGCCAGUGAUUCAGACCUUUUGUCCCUGUCCAGUGAGUCACAUCCCAAAGAUACGUGUUCAGAGUCUGAAAACAUAAUGUCCAACCAACUAGAUACACGAAUUGUCAAACAUGAUGAGUCCAUAGACAUUGUCAUCCAGAAAGCUGUCAGUGAUAAUUCAGAGUUUGAAGCUACAGGUGAUAGUCUUGAAAUACAGGACAAAAUUUCUUCUGAUAGCUUGCUGGAAGAUUUUGACGAACCUUUGCUUGACAUUCAGGAGAAUGGGGAAAUAGAUGACACUGCGAAUGUAGUGAUGAACACCAGUGAUAAACAAGUGACUGAUGAUGCUUUCUCAGUUGAUCUCUUGCCCUCUGAGUCUCUUGACAUGGAGUCAGAGUCUGCAGAUAAAGAGUUACUUGAGGCUAGAAAGAAAAAGUUUGAAUCAACUGAGGAGAUCAAAGGUUCAGACUUAAAGAAAACUAUUUCUCUCAAAGGCAUUGUGCCUAAAUCAAGAAAACGUCAUCGGCAGCAGCACCACCAUCGCAACCAACGAGAAGACAAAUUAUCACAUUCCAGCCACAAGGAGGAAUUGCAUUCACAGGACCUGAAAGAGAGGAACUGUGAUGAAUUGGAAGAUUUACAUAUGAAGACUUCCCGAUCCAAGAAUUACCAGCGACAACACAAUAAAUACAGUAGCGCAUCAUCAAGGAGUAGUGACGAUAGCUGCCACAGUGGAAGUUUUUCUGACAGUGCAAGUCAACCAAUACGGCUAAAAGAUCACCCAUAUUACAACGUGGAAACUGGCAUGAGUAUCAGUAACCGUUUCAGUCAACCCAUAUCCUCAUAUGGAGAAAACCAACGCCGGGUUGUACAUGAGAGAUCUCCACACCGAAGUUCUAGCAAACAUGCUAGAUAUGAUCUUUCAGACCUCAGUGAUUCUGGUGAAGACAAUGAAAAUAGUUUGUUCAAAAAACGAAGCCUCUCUAGUGUGGUGCGCACAUCCCCAAAUCCUAAAAGACAAAAAUCUCGCAAAGUUUUGGACUCUGAUCGACAUGGUAAUUGCCCUAAAGAGCACUGCUCCAGUGACUCAAAGGCAAAACAUUCUUCCCAGCCACGUGGUUGGACGGCAUUGAUGGAAAGUCGAUCCAAAAACUGGUUAACAAGUGAUAAAGACUAUGAUUACCGUAGUAACUGUAACAAUAUGGAUCUGGAUGGACAGCUAGCUAAAAGCCCACAGAUUAAUUUUACUUUUGAAAAUGAUGAGGUGCAUCCUGCAAAAAAAGUUGAUGACAGAUUAUCAGUCCAUCAGCGGUUAGGAUUUACUUCCAAAACAAAAUUGGAAAUUUCAGAAAAACCUACAGGAAAACAUCAAGAAAAAAGCAGAGAAAACAGAAAAAAUAAAUCAUCAGAUCCUUCUAAAGAGACAGAGUUAGAUCAAAAAAUACUACGGAUUCAAGAGAUGAAUGCAGCUAUCUUGAAGAGGCAAGCAGAAGUAAAGAAAGACAAAGAACGUUAUGGCUGA